AUGCCAUUGGAAACACACAUCCACAUCUCGAGCGAGCAGGGCUUGUCGAGUAUCACCACUCUGAUUGUAGGCAGCAAGAGUGCCGCUUUGAUCGAUCCUCCUUUUCUCAUUCCAGAUGCCAAUUCAGUUGUCAAGUGGAUCAAAGAGACAACAUCUAUCCCACUAAAAGCAGUAUUCGUUACUCAUCACCAUCCCGACCACUUCUUUUCGGCCAAUCCCAUCCUAGAGGCCUUUCCGGAAUCAAGAUUUCUGGCCGCUCCUUAUGUUCGAGCAGGCAUUGAUCGGGAGUAUGAGGAGAAGGUAAAAUAUUGGCCCUCUGUGAUGGGCAAGGAGAUGGUGCCAGAAAAGCCAAGGAAGCCGGAUGUUUUCGAGCAUACCUUUUUCGUGCUCGAUGGAGAUGAGCAGUCGCCAGUUUGUCUACUAGGCCCUGUCCAGGGAGACUCGGUUGACCAAACGCUGUUUUGGUUGCCGACGGAGAAGACAGUUGUAUGUGGCGAUGUGAUUUAUGCUAGGAGCACGCAUGUUUGGGCCGCCGAGAUAGAGACGCCGCAAAUUCUGCAUGCCUGGCAAAGAUCACUCGAUCUCAUCGCAGGCUUGAAAGCCACCAAGAUCAUCCCUGGACACUUGGAACAAGGUUGGGAGAUGGAUGGCCAGGCUGAUCUGGAACACACUCGCAAAUACCUCCAGCUGUUCGAUGACCUUAUCCAGAAUGCUACCCAAAAAUACAAAGUCGACGAACUUUAUCAAAAGUUCAAGGAAGCUUUCCCUAAAGCAGAUAAGAACCUCGAUUUCUUCCUGGGUCAACUCGGUAAUGCCUUUGGCGAAGGUGGCCAGAAGUGGGAGGAGAAUAGACAUCAUAAUGUCGAUCAGCGGACUAAGGAGCAGCUCGAGGGUUUCGUGAUCUAG